AUGGAUGAAUCUAAGAACCUGCAACUUCUUAAUCUGGAAAGAAAUCUUUUGUCAGGAGAAUUGCCAAACUGUUGGACAAGCUGCAAUAGAUUGGAGUUCAUAAAUUUAGCAAAUAACAAUCUAAGCGGCAAAAUCCCAAGCUCCAUGGGAUCUCUAGAUUUUCUCAAAUCGUUGCAUUUACGAAACAAUAGCCUAUCUGGGGAAUUACCUCUGUCGCUGCAAAAUUGCACAAGCUUAGUGGCUAUUGAUUUUGGUGAAAAUGAAUUUUCAGGAAGUAUACCCACAUGGAUUGGAGAAAGGCUUUCAAAUCUCAAGAUUCUAAUCCUAAGAUCAAAUAAGUUUCUAAGCCAUAUUCCUAAGAAACUUUGUGCACUCAGUUCACUUCAAAUCUUGGACCUUGAACAUAAUAAUUUUUCGGGAAGUAUACCAGCAUGUUUCAUGAAUUUUUGCUCUAUGGCCAUACAACAAAAGUCAAGCAGAAAAAUGUUAUACCUGUCUAAUUCUACCUUUUCAUCCUCUUUUGAAGGUUUUUUAGAGAAUGCAUUAUUGGUAAUAAAAGGACAAAUGACGGGAUAUAGCACAAUUCUUCAACUGGUUACGAGCAUGGAUUUUUCAGAUAACAAUUUAUCAGGAGAGAUCCCUGAGGAAUUGACGAGUCUCUGAGGGCUUCAUUCAUUAAAUUUGUCUUAUAAUCUUUUGAUAGGAAGAAUUCCAAAGAAUAUUGGUGCUAUGGAACAACUAGAAGCCAUUGAUUUCUCCAUGAAUCAUCUUUUUGGUGAAAUCCCUCCAAGCAUGUCAAGUUUGACAUUUCUUAGUCACUUGAACUUGUCCUACAACAAUUUGAGUGGAAAAAUACCAUCAAGCACUCAACUUCAAAGUUUCGAUGCAUUCAGUUAUGUUGGAAACAGUUUAUGUGGACCUCCUGUUAAUAACAACUGCGGUGUUAAUGAUACACCAUCUGCUAUUGAAAAUGGAGCAGACAAAACAGGCCAUAGAUUUGCAGUGGACUGGUUCUAUGUUAGUAUGGCACUAGGAUUUGUGGUGGGCUUUUGGGGUGUAGUUGGUCCAUUUCUGUUUAACAAGUCAUGGAGAUUUGUAUGUUUUCAGUUCAUGGACAAUAUCUGGUAUAAGUUUCAUAGCGUUAUAUGUUCAUGUGGAUGAUACAGCAACAUAAAUAAAAAUUGUGAUCUUUAUUAAUCUAUAAUGUAAUCUGUGAUUUUCUACAUACA